CCUUUGUUGCAAACAGAAGAAGUAAAAUGGUCAUUUUGAAAUUCUAGCGCCUUAUCGUUGUGUAUUUGAAUGUUGUAUAUUAUUAAAGUUGGUAGAUCUAAUGUUUAUAGUGAAAUAGACGAAAAUCGUUCUGCCUAUAGAAGCAUGUGGUCGGCUAAUUUGGAGAGAUGUAGACAGAAAAGGAGUGAUAAAGAUGCUGAUGAAAAGUUUGCUAGAUGUCACACAUGUGGGCGUGACUUCACGUGUCCCUGCACAUCUCCACCUCCAGACGAAUUAUCUACAAAUCAACUUGAUAAUCCAUACACAGACCAUUCUACAACAGAAGUUGAUACUCACCAAGCAAGAGUUGUUCAUCAGGAUGAUAAAACCACCACUAAUGACAUUAAAAAGAGAUUUAUUGGUUGUAUUGAGCCACUGCCUUUAAUGAUUUUACUGUAUUCAAAGGAAAUCAUCACAGAAACAGAAAUGGAGAUAGUUCGAACAAGGAUGAAUCUUAGGGGUAGAACGGCUGCAGCAGGUCAUCUAUGGGACAUAUUGUCCCAGAAAGGAGGAGAAGAUACAGGCUUGAAAUGGGUUUCACCUUUAAUUGAAUGUUUACACCAUAACAAUAUAAAAUUAGGUAAACUGGCUGAAUAUAUCCAGUCAAAAUACAAAGAAUCAGCGCCAAUAGAGGAAAUAAUAUAUCACCACAGAAGGGUAAUCCCAGAAGUGGAAAGUAGACAGGAUUAUCUACAAGCCGAAGCGGAAACCUAUCUUCAUGUGACAGCUUCAGAAAACUUUGUUAAAACACGUGCUUGCCAAGAAGGGGAGCGGAUAUUCAGUACACAUUUUGUUCUGGGUAUUAUUGGAGCUGUCGGCGACGGCAAGACGAUAAUGUCACGGAUGGUAGCCAACAACUUCUGGCAAGAAAACAAAGACUUUAUUCCUCUCGUAAUUAAAUCACCUAAUGAUAUGUACUCCUUUUCAUGUUCAGAGAACAACAAAUACUUAUUGAUAGCGGAUGAUUUGUUUGGUAUCUGGACACGAACAAUGAAACAACAAAUACAAGAGUGACAACAAAACACAUACUUAUGGAAAACAGCUACUAGUGUAUUUAAGGCGACGUUUCGUAGAGUAUUCUCUCAACGUUAUCAAGCUAAUACAGUAAAACAGGUAUGAGGCAAAUAUAUAUAGACAAAAUACAACAACAUAACCGAAACCAUACAUAGCAACAACAUGAUCAAAGGCCUACAUCAACACUUAUUGGGGGCUUGAGACGCAGACCUUUGGGGAUGAUGUUGCUGUCUCUGCAUCGCAUCAGAAAAGUAAGAUUGCACUUGGACUUAACAUAUUUACCUCCUAAUCUAUUAACUGUAUUGUCUAUAUAUAUUUGCCUCAUACCUGUUUUACUGUAUUAGCUUGAUAACGUUGAGAGAAUACUCUACGAAACGUCACCUUAAAUACACUAGUAGCUGUUUUCCAUAAGUAUGUGUUUUGUUGUCACUCUAUCCAGUUACUAAAUGCCAUUUAAAGAACACAACAAAUACAAGAUUGACCAAAACAUUUCGAAUUUGUUUACCUGAAAUGGCCAUUUCAGACAUAGUCUACAUCCGAAGGUCGCCCAGGCAAAAUUGUCCUUGUAGCACACUGUAUGAUGUAUUCUCGUCUUCAUUAGUUUGUACUGUAGCACACUGUAUUACUGUAUUACAUCAUCAGCUAUUAUUGUCAUAUUGUCAGUGUAGGCUAUGUAUUGUAGUACACUGUAUGACAUCAUCAGCUAUUAUUGUCAUAUUGUCAGUGUAGGCUAUGUAUUGUAGUACACUGUAUGACAUCAUCAGCUAUUAUUGUCAUAUUGUCAGUGUAGGCUAUGUAUUGUAGUACACUGUAUGACAUCAUCAGCUAUUAUUGUCAUAUUGUCAGUGUAGGCUAUGUAUUGUAGUACACUGUAUUACAUCAUCAGCUAUUAUUGUCAUAUUGUCAGUGUUUGUAUUGUACUACUUUUUGUAGCACACUGUAUUACUGUAUUACAUCAUCAGCUAUUAUUGUUAUAUUGUCAGUGUUUGUAUUGUGAUCGUAUCAUGUAUAUUUCACCUGUUUUACUCAUCUACUCAAUGAACACCAGUGAUCAAUUAACAUUUCUGACUUCAGAACCAUUUUGUGCUAAAUUAAUUAUCUCCCUUGGAUUGUGUAUCAGGUGGCUUAUAAAAGAAACGAUAAUAUAUUUGUACAUUGAGUGUUUUAAAGAUAAAAUUAACACUAUUUGCGUGGUGGACCUGAAAUUAAGAGUGAAGUUGUCAAAUAUCCAUAUUGUACUACAUGUAAAAUAUUAAUAAAAUAGGUAAAAUACUUUGUAGAUUAUUCCACUUUAAAUAGUGUACAGUUUUUUUUUCUGGGUCACCCGAUAUAUAUAUUUUUAUAUUGACUGUUUUAAGAUAAAAUUAAUAUUUCUUUCAUAUUUUUAUAGCUUAGAGGUGAUAGGAACGCUGUGUUAUAUAUUUUUAUAUCGAGUU